AAGAUGGUUAAAUUCGCAGUUCUUUGUACAAUUUUCAUUUUGAAGUUAGCUGUACCGGUACAUGAAGUCUAUGCUGCUACCUCUUUAGAUUGUCUCUGUUUAAAUACAGAAUACCAAGUAAAAGGUGAUGCUGAUAAUUUCACCAUUCCAACUAAGACCUGUGUUGAGGUCAUAGAUAUUGUGAGUGGUUUACAUGACGAUACUUGGUACCAUGUCAACUAUACUUCACAGCUUGGCUGGAUUCAGCUUGAUAAAUCUGUAAUGAAAAUAGUGAUAUGUGGAAGGAAAGAAUUAUCAAAACAUAUUUGUAUAGACGUCAUACUGAACUGUCAUCAGUACAAUAGAUCUACGCCUAAUGUUUGUCACAAAUAUCCAGACUGGUCAAAAGACAACUGUCGCAAAUUCUGUGGUUUAUGCGAUUUACCAUGCCUAGAUUUAAUUGACAACUGUAAUUUGUAUGGACCUGCAGUCUGUAAGAGGUUUUUUCAUUGGUCUGGUAAAAAUUGUAAAAAUUAUUGUAAAUUAUGCGAUCCAGACACCAAGUCCACACCACCAAUUCGUCAAUCCACUCAAACAGUUACAUCAUCUAGUUUACAAUGUGUGGAUAAACCAGGCUACGAUUGUCAGUUCUUUAUGGAUUACGGAUUAUGCAACGACCCUGCAUCGGCUAAAUCAGUUUGUCCGAAAUUUUGUAAAAUUCCCGGUUGUGAAUAAUUAGAGCCAAAAUAAAAACCCAAUUAG